UGAACUGAGGCGAACUCCGCCGCCAAGUGAGUGAGGAGGAGGAGAGGAGGAGGAGGAAGAGGAGGAGCGCAGUCGGAGCGCGGCGGCAGCGGCAGAGCGCCGCGGCGGGGACAGCAGAGAGCCCGAGCCCGCGCACCGGCGGCGGCGCUGAGCGGCGCGACAGCAGCAGCGGCGGCCCGGUCCAGCGCGGCGCAGCGGCCCGCGCCGCACUCGGAGACCCGCCUCCGCCGCCGGCCUCGCGAGGGAGCGCCGCCCGGGCGGCCGAGGGCUGCCGGAGCGCGUCGGGCGGCGGAAAGUGCCUGCGGGGGGCGGGCGGGCGCGCGGAGCCGGCCGCCGCGGGGCUCGGCGCGGGGCCCGGAGCGGGAGCCGGCGCGGAGCGGGACGCCGCGUCCCGAGCGGCCGGCGGCCGGGGCUCGCCCCCGCCCCUCCCUCCUCUCCGGCGGCGGCGGCGGCGGGCGGAGUGAGCUGCGGAGCCUGGAAUAUGGUCGGGGAAAUGGAAACGAAGGAGAAGCCGAAGCCCACCCCAGAUUAUCUGAUGCAGCUGAUGAACGACAAGAAGCUCAUGAGCAGCCUGCCCAACUUCUGCGGGAUCUUCAACCACCUCGAGCGGCUGCUGGACGAAGAAAUUAGCAGAGUACGGAAAGACAUGUACAAUGACACAUUAAAUGGCAGUACAGAGAAAAGGAGUGCAGAAUUGCCUGAUGCUGUGGGACCUAUUGUUCAGUUACAAGAGAAACUUUAUGUGCCUGUAAAAGAAUACCCAGAUUUUAAUUUUGUUGGGAGAAUCCUUGGACCCAGAGGACUUACCGCUAAACAGCUUGAAGCAGAAACUGGAUGUAAAAUAAUGGUCCGAGGCAAAGGCUCAAUGAGAGAUAAAAAGAAGGAGGAGCAAAAUAGAGGCAAACCCAAYUGGGAGCAUCUAAAUGAAGAUUUACAUGUACUAAUCACUGUGGAAGAUGCUCAGAACAGAGCAGAAAUAAAACUGAAGAGAGCAGUUGAAGAAGUGAAGAAACUACUGGUACCUGCAGCAGAAGGAGAAGACAGCCUGAAGAAGAUGCAGCUGAUGGAGCUUGCGAUUCUGAAUGGCACCUACAGAGAUGCCAACAUUAAAUCACCAGCCCUUGCCUUUUCUCUUGCAGCAACAGCCCAGGCUGCUCCAAGGAUCAUAACUGGGCCUGCGCCUGUCCUCCCACCAGCUGCCCUGCGUACUCCUACGCCAGCUGGCCCUACCAUAAUGCCUUUGAUCAGACAAAUACAGACCGCUGUCAUGCCAAACGGAACUCCUCACCCAACUGCUGCAAUAGUCCCUCCAGGGCCCGAGGCUGGGUUGAUCUACACACCCUAUGAAUACCCUUACACGUUGGCACCAGCUACAUCAAUCCUUGAGUACCCUAUUGAACCCAGUGGUGUUUUAGGUGCGGUGGCUACUAAAGUUCGAAGGCACGAUAUGCGUGUCCAUCCUUACCAAAGGAUUGUGACCGCAGACCGAGCCGCCACCGGCAACUAACCUAUGACCUUCUGACCUCUGAACUCUUCACCCAAUGAUGACCUGACCAUGCCUGCCUGCUGAUCAGUUAACUGGUAAUCGCCUUUGCUUGCCUGUCGUCAGUGCAGCGAGCUGAGGCACUUGUCCGUUCGUCUUACCAUCUAACCAAACAAAAGACAAAGAAAUUGUUGUCCUCCAACUCAGCUUUUUUCCCCCCGUUUGGGUGAAAGUGGUUCUAGAACCUGCACUGAAUAGUAGUAAAGCAAUAAGGCCCAAUUCAUCCCACAGCACUGAUCAUCUUUCAAUGUCCCACCCCAAGCGAACGGUAAGAAGGCCUCCUUAAGAAGGGAGACAGAUGGCCCUUAACUACUCAGUGACAGAGGCAGUUACUGUGAGAGACUUCUAGGAAACUUUUCUUCUCAUAGCGAAGUCAAGCUCUCUCUGAAUGUACUGUGUGAUGAUGCAUCAUGCAUGAACCUUUGGUCAGGGACGUCAUUGGUGAAGUGAUUCAAAAAGUAUUCAAAAUUUGAUAUACUGUUCAGUCACUACAGUGCCCUCAAAGGGCAGAAGUUGCAGCCUUUUUUAUAUUGCCUGCCAAAUUUGAAGUAUUAGMAGAGUGUGCCAUGAAAGAAAAACUUAACAAGAAGUUUUGAAAAGUAAUGCAAAGAACAAAACUGCAACACUAUUUUUUAAAAGAUGGAUAUCUGAGUUAAAAUUACAGAACCUUUAUUUUACACCUCCUUAAAAAAAUUUUUGAGAACAAGGUACAUGCAUUAUGUGUCACAUUACUGGGCAAACUGUUCAAGUAUUUUUUUUAAACCUCCCUGUAUAGAAAAAAAUCAUUAAGGAUGUAAAAGCCAUGCUUGCCUAUUUGCUGUAUACAUGUAAUGAAAUUGUAGAUAAAGUGUAGUGCAUUGAAACAAAUGAACAAAAAGUAGAUACUUUUACUAUACAAGGGUGCUGGUGCAGAAAAAAAUAUAUAUAUUUUUGGAAAUGUAGCAUUUUAUACUUUCAAGUGUUAUAAAAAAAAAGAAAAAGAACAAAGAAACCCUUUAUUUCAUUAAAUGAUUUUUUCUGGUGGUUGUCAAGAAACAAAAGACCAAAAGAGCCUUUUUGUCUUUCUUUUUUAUUUUUUAAAUAUUGGAAUAAGUCUAAAGAAAAGAAAGUGCCUUAUUUUCCUUCAUGGUCAUUUAGUCAAGUGUCUUGUAAGAUCAGCUCCUCCCUCAAAAUAAAAGUAAAUGCAUGUUACUCAGUCGCCCAGUAUGUGAAAGAAGAUGAGAGGGGGACAAAUGAGUUGAGGGUUUGAAUUGUAUGAUUUGUGCCACGUUACCUUGAUGCAAAUUUGCCAAAUCUGAUACUGUGAAAAAAAAUUGAAUAACUUUUCUAAUAUCUGACCUAGUAAGUUUUUAAAAACAUAUCAUAAUUGAGUAUUUUUGGUUGUUACAAACUUCAAUGUUAACCUAAAGAAUUCUGAAAAAUUAUGUGAGAUCUGAACACCAGUUGACAGGCAAAAUUAGAGCUUAUUGUAUUUGGAGAUGAGAGAUGCAUUGGAUUUUUUUCGUAAUGGAGAUAAUAGUCUACUUAGCAAACUUUUUCACAAAAAUCAAUUUUUUUUGUGACUUUCAUUCUGGAAAAAAUAGUGUUUUUAAAUGACCCAAAUUUAAUGAGACUUGUUUAUAGCAUACAGAUAACUGGCAUAGUCAAAGUCCAUCUUCUGCUGGCUUUAGCAAUCUCCCUUCUUCUUCCCACAUAUGCCCUUUUUGCCACCUUUUUUAACUUCAAAAGAAUGUGAAAAAGUAGCAUCAUUGUGCAUAUGAAUACUGAACUACAUUUCAGUUUAAGCUUCCAAUUUCUCACGAAGUGCAGUUUUAUAGUUGAAACAAUUUGCAUUUAAAGGCUACAUGUAAACACUUGAGGAAAUCAUUAACUGCUCAGUACCAGACGUGGCAAAUCUCAAGUGAUAGUGGACUCCCAGCUCAUCAGCUCGUUCCCUCUUCCAUACCUUCACAGCUUCAUAGUCAAGGUCAGCAGGAAACUCAGUUGGCACCUUCAUGGUGGCCUCUCCAUCAGCUGUCUGUCUCACUUGGAACCGUUUUCAGUUUAUUUACUAUGCAAUAGACAGUUGUUGUUUUAUAUUCAGCUAGUUUUGGUUUAAUGUGCCACUGCUCUUUCUGUUACACAUGCCAUUGUUUUGAUUUAUUUACAAUAUAUGCCUUGCCAUUUUGAUUUUAAUUUUGUUUGGUUGGUUGAAUAAAUUGCGACACUCAAACACUUGAGGUGAUAGUUAAAAUGAUACCAGUAUUUGAUCCAGCUUCAUCUCAACUAUGUUAAACCUGGACAUUUUAGAUGUUUAUCAAAGGUCUUUUAUGGGGAAGAAAGUAAACGUAUGAAAUAAUAAAAGUGUGACAUGAGUAAUGUUGGCUCUGAACAAACUUUUACUUAGUUGACAAAAUUUUGGAUCAACUUAAAAGAAGCAUGACUUUUGAAAUCUGAAUGCCUUGGUUCUCAGUAUUAUCAUUCUUAUUGAAUUUAUUUCUUGUUAAAGUAUGUAGUUUUUAAGACUUUUUUCUGACAGUAUUAUGUAAUUUUUAGUGUGGGUAGAUGGGAGUGUCGCUGGUAUGUUAAUGUACAGCUGACAUGUAUUUUUGUCUUCUUUAUUAUCUUAGUAGUUUUCAUGCUCUAUAUGUACCAUAACCAACCUAUUGCCUAUGAGAAACAUGUAAGAUAAUGUAUUUACAGCCAUUGUUACAAGUUUAUAAUGUAUUUUUCUAUCUUGUUUUAUAUGUAUGUUAUAUAACAUUCAAAAAGAAUUUUUUUCUUGAUUGAGAAAAGGAUACAAAAUGCAAAAUCCACAAUUUUGAUAACUGAAAAUUGCCAAUUGUUUUGCAGUACUUUAUUAUAUUGGGUGUCUUGUCUUUCUUGGGCUUUUAGUUAGCUGAUGAAUGAAUACAUUAAUUAGACACUUUUGGGUUUUAGUUGGGAUUUUACAUAGCUUGCAUUUUAAUUCUUUGGUUCUUUGCUGUUUCUAUUAACCCAUAGCAUUAUUUUAAUAAAUGUUAUAAUACCAACCUACUAACUCUGGACUAUGUCUGUUUAUUAACCUUUACAUGUUUAAUUAAAAUAAACAAAUAAAGACAAAAGAAUGUAAAGUCUUGAGUUCCUGGACUAACCCUGAAGACCGUGACCACAGAUAACCAUAGCGUGACUUGUUUUGUGUUGUUUGUCAGCUGACAGUUUCGCACACUACUGUUCAAAUGGCUUUGGUUAUUCUGGCCUUCUACUUCGGGUCUAGGUGCCAGUGGAGAUGAGAACAAAGUAGCAUUCGUUCGAGGCAUUCUUCUCCUGGUCAUGCCACUUGCCUUUCAGCAUCUGCAUUACUAAUUCCACACUUUUUAUUUUUUCCUUCUCCAAAAUAAUCACUGUCUGCUCACAGCAUACAGAGUAGAGAUUCAAUGUGAUGACAUGCCCUGAGAAAACAGUUUCAUUCAUUGAACAUUCAUUUUAAUUUCUAUGAGUAGGUGAUUUUAUAGUCACAUCAUAAAGCAGAGAAUUUUUGUAUUAAGAUGUUUAUUUUAACAUGGUAUUUUUCCUUUGUAAAGCAUUGAAUUUGUUUAGCCAGCUGUUUCUUUUAGAGGAAUUGACGUAGGUAAGGCUAGAGGCAAAUUGGGUCUGUUUUUCCUAAUAGUGCAGAGUAAGAGAUGAGUAACCAGGAUGAUGCAGCCCCACCUCUUCCUCACCCAGCCUUCAGUGAAUGAUGGAGAUUUUCUCAGGUGUUUUUUCUGACCCACUUCCAAAACACAGCCAAGAUUGAUGCAAGAAAUUUAAGAGGGAAGAACACUGAGAUUUGAAAUGUUAGGUGUGAUUAAUUUCUUGCAUGCAAAUCAAUCUGAGAAGAUUUCUUAAAUAUCCUGCUUUUCGUGGCCUGUGUAAGUGGACCUCUAAAUCUUGACUUCUUGAGGUGUGUUUAUGUCACAGAUUGGUAAUAGCCUUUUCUGUGAAACAAUUCUCCUGCAUAAGAAAAAAAAAAUUCUCAGGAUGAAUUUUGCAUUUGUAAAUAGUGGUUUAUUUUUGUAAAUUAUAUUUUAUUUAUUUAAGAGUUCUAAAAUUUAGGGCUGAAAUGAGUUACAUGUAAUAGUCAUAAUUAUAUCGAUGUGCUUCUAACCAGAUUAUCAAGAUAUUUCUUGUUUCAUAUAUGUAUAUGCRUAUAUGAAAUUAUCAGAAUAGUGAUAAUUUAAUCACCAAUGAAAAGGUCAUUUGGGUUAUGUCAUUUCUCUGAUGGAAAGAGUAGGCAGUGUAUCAUUGUUAGGUAGGCAGAUCUUUAAUAUGCUAUUUACCUGUUGAAGUUCACAUUGCCAUAACAAGUUUUCAUGUAUCAUUCUGUGAAAAUUUGAAGAUGCCUGUCAAGCUGCUAAUACACCAGUUGUGGUACCAUGUCACUUAAAGUGAUGAAGAAUUUCUAUGCAACUUGCUAUUCUCUGAAGCCUAUGAAUGCAGUCUCAUCUCAUUUUCAGUUAAGGGUACUUUAUGUAUAAUUAUGUCAUAUUGUCACCUUUUAUGUUGAAAAUGUUGUAAAAGACAGUUUUAAAGGGUGAAAAUAAUACUGCAAAUCCCAUUUUUAUACAGGUUGCAAUAAUAUUAAACAUGAAACUAUCAAGUUG